AUGGCAGCUCUCCCUGCCGCUCAGUAUCCAACGCCGUCUGGAUACGGUCAGCAAGGGAACGGUUUGCAAUAUCCGGCGUCCCCUCAGCGACCAUUCUCUUGCGACAUGUGCGCGUUGUCGUUUAACCGACAACAUGACCUGAAGAGGCACAGGGACACGCACACAGGCGACAAACCCUUUGUUUGCAACGGUGGAUGUGGCAAGACAUUUACGAGGAAAGACGCGUUGAAGCGGCACCAACUUGUCAAACGUUGCGGACUCGAGGAUGAAGCUUAG